AGUUAACCCACUUUUAAUAAUUUUCUACCUAACUUUUGUAUGGGAGGUGGGCGUGGUUAUGAUCCGAUUUCUUUCAUUUUUGGACUGUAUUAGGAAGUGGCUUAAAACAACGACUGCAGAAAGUUUGGUUUAUACAGCUCUAUUGGUUUGCGAGAUAUGUACAAAAAACUUAAUAGGGGGCGGGGCCACGCCCACUUCCCCAAAAAAAUUACAUCAAAAUAUGCCCCUUCAUAGUGCGAUCCUUCAUACCAAAUUUUAUUUCCAUAGCUUUAUUUAUGGCUUAGUUAUGGCACUUUAUGUGUUUUCGGUUUUCGCCAUUUUGUGGGCGUGGCAGUGGUCCGAUUUUGCUCAUUUUCGAAAGCAACCUUCCUAUGGUGCCAAGAAAUAAGUGUGCCAAGUUUCAUCAAGAUAUCUUAAUUUUUACUCAAGUUACAGCUUGCACAGACGGACGGACGGACGUACGGACGGACAGACAGACAUUCGGAUUUGAACUCCACUCUUCACCCUGAUCACUUUGGUAUAUAUAACCCUAUAUCUAACUCGUUUAGUUUUGGGUGUUACAAACAACCGUUAUGUGAACAAAACUAUAAUACUCUCUUUAGCAACAUUUGUUGCGAGAGUAUAAAAAUCUAUAUGCUAUAUCCUAUACUAUGUAUGUAUGUACGAAAAAAAAGUGCUUUGCAAUUUAAAUCCAAUUUAUUAACAAUAAUUGUCUGAACAUUUUUCUUGAAACCCCUAUCCAGUUUCUUAGUGGUUUUCAGUUCGGUUUUCGCACUUUAAAAUAAAAAUGGUUGGGUUCGUGGUUCGGUUUAAAGUGCAUAGAAAGGUGCGAUUCGUUUCAAAACAUACAUAAAUAUUUAAUUAUUUUGAAUUUAUCUACCUACAUGUUUCAGAUCAGUGUAAUCGACUCAUGUAUUUAUUUUUCAGUUAGAAUUUUUACAAUUCAAAUCUCUUCCAAGUAGUAAUACCAGUAAUGCAAUUAUAAAGGACGUCAGGAAGUACAGGGAAACUUACGUGCACAAUUUUAUGUCUAAAUACAAAGAUAUGUAUAUACAUAUGUACAUAUGAGCAUUUUUUCAUAUAUACUAGUACAUUAAUGUGUAAAUAAGAACGAAUUUCUACAUGGGGAUACAUUUGCGUACAUUCAUAUGUAUGUACAAUAUGUAAACAAAUAAUGAACAUACAUACAUCCAUCCAGUUGAGUGGAGUGGAGUCUUCUCAUCAAUGACGUACAACGGGAUAUGGCACGAGCGGAGUCAGCUAUUUUUGGAAACCUCUUAUUUUAAUCUGAGCAUCUGCCCAAACCCCAAUACUCCACCACUACAAAAAUAGGCGGUAGCUACAGACGACUUCGUUGUGCCAGUCCAACACAGGAAACACGGCGAAAAUUUUUCCGGCUGUAAAAACGUAUGCAUAUCGCCGUAUACAUAUGUACAUAUGCAUGUGUGAAUAUAUUCUUUCGAUAAACACUCGCAUGUACAAUAUUUUGAGAGAUGGAAUCGAGACGAUCAGUUAUUAUAGUGCAAUCAUGAAUAUAAGACGUAUAACGGAACCGUAUUAUUCUCACUCUCGUGAAACGCCACAACAUUGCUUUAAUCAUUCCUCUUGCGAUUAUGCACUCAGCGAUCCAGUUUUAAUAAUUAUUACUUUAACAGCAGUAAUUGGUUCAUUUUGUUUACUAAGCGGCUUAAUUAUUUUGUGUGCAGUCUCCAAAACACUGCACGAUCAAACUUCAGAGGCUAUUCUUCUAUUAGGAAUUGGUUUCUUCAUCUACACGAUUGCUUUUGUUACCUGGAGAAUAACUAGCGCCAGAAGAAUCGCUCAUGUAAUCGAAGCUCUGAAUAAAGGAAGCACACCUCUUCAAGUAUGAUUAUUGACGUCGUAAGCCAUUAUCUGUGCAUAAACCUAAGUGGUGCAUGAAGUAGUGAAAUAGUAUUUAUUAAAAAAAAACUAGGUCUUAAUAAAAGUGAAAUGUUUUUGUUUGUACACCAUAAGCUUAUCAAGGAAUUCAUUAGAUACUCCAGCAAAUUUACUUGUUAAUCCACUUGAGAUUUGAGGGCCUAGAAUUGGAAAGAUAUUUCGACGGUUUAGGUCUAAAAACAAUGAAUCCUAACUUACAUCGAUGCAAGCAUAUUGUGAAAUAACUGCACCAUAUUUAUUUAUUAGCAGUAGUAUAUUAAAAAUUUAUUUUACCUCAAAUAUGGCAAGAGACAUCAAGAUUUGGGAGUCGAUGAAAUUUAUCACAAAUACACCAGUGGAGCUACGAACAUCGAAACGAUUUUGAAUUAAUUCAUAUCUUCAACUUCCAUAUAAAUAAUAUAAUAUGCAGAAAAAUUUAUCAGACAAGUAAGGAAGGGCUAUGUUCGGGUGUAACCGAACAUUUUAGAGUCUCGCAAUUUAAUUGUAUUAAUAUAACACACAAUUUGCCCCACAUAUUCGUCAUAUAAAUGGUAUAAAGUC